AGGUGAGAAUUUCACGCUCCCGACUGCUGUUUGGAUUGGACUAUACUGGAUAGAUGUAACAGGUCUUGGGAAUUAUACUCAUUUCUGGGAAAAGUCGGGUCAAUUGGAAGAACUGACAUGGAGCUAUUGGGACGGUGGUGAACCUAACGAUCCCGGCAGUGAAGAUUGUGCUCGCAUACACACGAAUAUGUACAUGAGAAGUAUAGAAUGUUAUAGAUCUUAUGACAUACUCUGCGAAGGUACAGGUAAAUGUCUUGAUUGGUUGAUUGAUUGA